UGUUAGUUGUCACGGCAACGUUGUGUAGGAGUGGGGCGCAUGUCAAAUGAGUGCAAAAGUAAUUCAGGGUCGCCUACUUGAGCUGUUAACAAGCAACAGACUUAAGAUAACUUGCUAGUUGGCUGUUGUCGGAUAACAUUUUAGGCGAACCUGUCCACACUGUCAUAUAAUGGUAAAAGAAAACACAGCUAAUGGUGCUAGUUUGUUCGCCAGUCAACUUCGUGUGGAAACAAGCCGUCGCCGCCUCGCUAGCAAACACGGCUAAAAUGGUUCGUUAGCUUAAUGAACCAAAGCCAUGUCAAGUUAUAACCUUCCGCCGGUGAGGCAUUUGCCACAAUGGACCCGAGUUGGGCGCCUCGGGAAGCCUCGCUCUCCGCGGCUUCUACCGGUGAACCAACUGCAGCCGCUGCCCGUUGUCCCGUCAGCGGACAGAGGAGUAGGGAGAGCAGCAGAGGUGUCCUGUCCCAGCGACAUGGACCCCCGCGUCGCAUCAAUGCAGAAGAAUAUCCAGUUCCUUCAGCAACAACACAAGGAGACUCUCGAGAAGCUCCACGCAGAGAUAGAGUAUCUCAGACGGGAGAAUAAAGAGUUGCAGUAUAAGCUGAUAAUGGAGCCUCCCAAGUCGAGUAGAAAAGGAAUGACACACAGUCGACGUGGCAUUAGACCACCUACUCAGGGAGUUGAAGCCCAUACGGGACUCUACCUGGAGGAGCAGCUGCAGGACACACGACCCUCACAGGACCAAGCACUGAGCAUUGGAGAGAGCAGCGAAACUCUCAGAUCUGCCAGGCAGGACCCCGGUCCAGAAGUCAAGGGGGGCCUCAUCACCUCAUUACAGCCUCUGCGAAUUCACAGCAGUCCCUCCCAUCCCCCGCGCGCUCCCACACUACAGGAGUGUGAGGUCAUCAUUCGGCAGCUCUACAAUGCUAACAGUUUACAGUCUCAGGAAAUUAUACGUGUGAAGGCUUUGCUGAGAGAUAUUGUUUUGAGCAAGAAAAUUACCCCAGAGAACCACAUUCUGACCAAGGCCUACCUUGUUGAUGGAACCCGCAAAUCUUCAGAAGAAAAGAAAUUUCCAAAACUUGGUCUCCAAACAUUUCCAGAAAAAGUGUCUGGACCCUCUCAGUCUGGGGUGGUCCUCCCAGCCCUCAAACAGAGCCUCGGCUCCUCCAUUGCAGAUAGACAGAGAAGGACCCGCGCUGUGCAGAGAGACCGUUUCAAAAGAACGGUGCAGUGACAGGAUCAAAACUACCACAGCGUCAGCUGCAUCCACCUCAGGACGGGGCUUUUCAUGGCUGACCUGUGUUUGUUGUUUUUUUACUGCUAUAACUCACAAAGGACAGUUAUUAAAAGAUUAAAACAAAAAGGUCUAUUACUUAAAAGCUUUUACAUUUGCACACAAAAAAGAUCUAGCUGUGUACUGGGAAUGGUAUUUAUUUAUUUAAUUGCUUACCAAACAGUACAUUUUAGGACAUUUUAACUAUUAGACUUCGACAUCUUUACCUUAACACUGGCUGCUUAUUUAAGCUUUAGUUUAGUUUUCACUGCACAUUUGUUGUAAUUCUGCCAAAAUGAUGGUGGAAUUGUCUGAUAUAACUAAUCAACUGUCACUUUAAAACAGUUAAGUAUUCCUAACUUUUAUUUGUGCAAGCGACCAAAGUUAAGCCUGUAAACGGACAUGCAAUAAUAAUACAGAAGAGACUACCAGGCUUAUUUCUCAGGCACGUUUUGUAUUGGUGUGUAUUUACAUUGUAUGGAGCAGUGUCAUGCUUCAACUGAGCGUUAGCAGUCAUACACCUACAGUACAACUAAACUAAACUCUAUUAAAUGGUCACAACACAAAA